UAGGUGACGUAGCCAUUGUGUUGUGUUGGCGAUUCUGAUUCUCGUGUCAGUUCUAGGUUUGCCGGUGAAGAAAGACAACGUCAAUGUGAUUUCUGUAGUUUAAUUUUUAUUAAAUUCGAACUAUUUUCUUAUAGCUACCGUUUUUGUUAGUUAUAAUGAAAACAACAGUGUCCAAUCCCUCAGGAUGGAAAAGUUUAAUUACAUUUACAGUCCUACUCCUCGCUUGGUUAUCAGGUUUCUCUUCACGAUUAUUUGCUGUGAUUAGGUUUGAAAGCAUAAUUCAUGAAUUCGAUCCAUGGUUCAACUACAGAGCGACGGCGUACAUGGUGCAGCAUGGCUUCUAUCAGUUCCUGAACUGGUUCGAUGAGCGCGCCUGGUACCCGCUGGGCCGCAUUGUCGGUGGCACCGUCUACCCGGGGCUUAUGAUCACCUCGGGAGGCAUCCACUACGUGCUGCAUGCGCUCAACAUUCCUGUCCACAUCCGCGACAUCUGCGUCUUCCUAGCGCCCGUUUUCAGUGGACUGACAGCGAUCUCGACCUACCUGCUGACAAAGGAGCUGUGGUCGGGAGGUGCCGGUCUGUUCGCCGCCUGCUUCAUCGCCAUCGUGCCCGGCUACAUCAGUCGCUCGGUCGCCGGCAGCUACGACAACGAGGGCAUAGCUAUAUUCGCGCUACAGUACACAUACUAUCUAUGGGUGAAAUCAGUGAAGACUGGUUCAAUAUUUUGGGCCUGCCUUACAGCGCUCUCCUAUUUUUAUAUGGUGUCGGCAUGGGGUGGGUACGUGUUCAUAAUCAACCUGAUCCCUCUGCACGUGUUUGUGCUGCUGCUGAUGGGCCGAUACUCGAACCGGUUGUUCACCAGCUACACCACCUUCUACAUUCUCGGCCUGCUAUUCAGCAUGCAGAUUCCUUUCGUCGGCUUCCAGCCAAUCAGAACAAGCGAGCAUAUGGCUGCUUCAGGAGUGUUUGCGUUAGUGCUGGUUGUGGCGGUGCUGAAAUACAUGCAGAAUGUUCUGUCGAAAGCUGAGUUCAAGUAUUUCUUCACAAUUGCGGCGGUCAGUGCAGCUGCAUUCGUGUUCCUAACGGUUGUCAUCCUCACCUAUCUAGGAUUUAUUGCUCCUUGGAGUGGAAGAUUCUACUCAUUGUGGGACACAGGCUAUGCCAAGAUUCACAUUCCAAUAAUUGCGUCCGUCUCAGAGCAUCAACCGACCACCUGGUUCUCCUUCUUCUUUGAUCUGCACAUCUUAGUCACAACAUUCCCCGUUGGCCUGUGGUACUGUAUUAAGGAUAUCAACGACGAACGAGUGUUUGUUGUUUUGUACGCGAUCAGCGCAGUGUACUUUGCGGGUGUGAUGGUGCGACUGAUGCUGACUCUGACGCCUGUCGUGUGUAUGCUGGCCGGUGUCGCAUUCUCGCGCCUCUUCGAGCUGUUUCUCAAGGAGGAGGACAGCCCCGCCUCCUCCUCUGUCUCGCCAGACAGUGACAGCGACAACGAAGCCAACGGCGACCACAAGAGUCGCAGCAUGUAUGACAAGGCUGGUAAGCUUCGCAAGAUGAAGCACGAGCAGCAGCGGGAGAGCGGCGAGGGUUUGGGUAUGAACAUCCGCACCAUUGUGAUAGUUGCCGUGAUGAUGAUGCUGAUGAUGUUCGCCGUGCACUGCACCUGGGUCACCAGCAACUCCUACUCCAGUCCCAGCAUUGUGCUCGCCUCCUAUGGCCAAGACGGGUCGCGGCAGAUUCUGGAUGACUUCAGAGAAGCCUACCACUGGUUGUCACACAACACGGACAGCGAUGCGCGCGUCAUGAGCUGGUGGGACUACGGCUAUCAGAUAGCCGGCAUGGCCAACCGCACCACACUCGUCGACAAUAAUACCUGGAACAACAGUCACAUUGCCUUGGUUGGCAAAGCCAUGUCAUCGAGAGAAGAAGACGCUUACAAGAUAAUGGUGUCGCUGGACGUGGACUACGUGCUGGUGAUCUUUGGCGGGGUGAUCGGCUACUCGGGAGACGACAUCAACAAGUUCCUGUGGAUGGUGCGCAUCGCCGAGGGCGAACACCCCAAGGACAUUCACGAGAGCGACUACUUCUCCGAGCGGGGCGAGUUCCGUGUGGACGCCGAGGGCUCGCAAACCCUACUCAACUGCCUUAUGUACAAACUGUGCUAUUACCGAUUCGCUGAAUUGAAGUUGGAUUAUAGAAGCCCUGCCGGAUUUGAUAGAGUCCGAAACGUUAUCAUUGGCAACAAGAAUUUCGAUUUGAAAUACCUGGAAGAAGCGUAUACGACAGAGCAUUGGCUUGUUCGUAUUUACAGGGUGAAGAAAGAGUCUGAAUUCAACCGGCCACGAAUCCCAGUUGCAGAUAGAUCGAUAAGGAUCGCAGACUUGAUUUCCAAAAAAGCGAGUAAGAGGAAGAAAGGACUGAUCAAGUCGAAGCCAACAGUAGUGAAAGGAAAGAAACCGGCGGCCAAGUUAUAGUGUGGGGGGGAGGUCCGAGGGGGACUCAUCACCUGUGCCUAAACAAAGUGCGUGAGAAGUGAGAGAGUCUGAUGGUGGGAGAGAGACGAGCAACCUACCGUAAUCAUCCAAAGCAGAGAAGUGGGUAAACGGGCUUUCCAAGUAUUGUUUGUGAAAUUUUACCGUCGAUAUAUUUGUUGCUCAGUAGUUGAUGAACUAUACAGUUGGGUUCUCUUUCCUUGUGUAGGACAUGGAUUCGUGGAAAGUGCACUGUUACAACUUGACUUGUACAAAGGGAACUUUUCGUUAUUUUUUCUGUUGUAAAAAAUAUAUUGUCAACGUAGAACUAAUUUUGACAAAAAAUUACUGCCUUUUUGUUGUUUCUAUAAAGUUUUGUUCCAUCACUGUAUCUGGUUUGUUAAUAUUUAAAUUAUAGUCAAUUACUUAGAUUUUACGCUGUUGCUACUUUCAUUAUCAAUUUGUGCAUUUUAUCUCUAAACGCCAACGGUCGAACAACAAUUGAAAUGUUUCAUGUACGUACCAACCAACAUAUUGAACUAUGAUUCACAAUAAAUUUUCAUCAUUCUUGAACUAAUCCAAGAAUGUUCAUUUUUAGUAGUUUGUAAGUUGGGUGAUAUAAGUAGAAAUUGAAAUUCAAAAGCUAUUAAAUUUUUCCAAAUUAUGUAAGCAUUAGACAUUCUGUAAUUAUUGCAGUUACAGAUAUCUGAUUAUUUUCCAUGUAUAAGUUUCUAAAAUAGAAUAUUAUUAGAAAUUGUACUGUACUUACAUUCUUGAACCGAUAGUUAUCAUUUAUAUAAAAGACUAUUAUAAACAAUGCUCUGUUUUUAAAUAAUGUCCAAUUCUGAAUAAACAUGCAACAUUUUUAAACCGAA